GCACAAUUUGCGGUUUUUUUAUAAAACUUUUUUUUGCUAAUUGUUACUGCUGCUGCCUCGGCCUGAAUGGCAAAGGCAAAGUGCAAAGUGUGACAGCGCCAAAGAGUGUGUUCGCGUGUGCUGGUGCCCAGAGCGAACGUCGGAAAGUUUUGGUCACCUGUGAAGGCUGGAGCUGCAGCCGGGAGCCGCGCUCUGAGAUGUUUUGGGUGGCCAAUGAGAACCGGAUCCGCUGGAGAGCAAGUGCACAAGCAAUACUAAUCGGGUGGCCACUGGCUGUGGCAAGGGCAGCAACUCGAGCUGAAGUCUCAGCUGGGACCAGAGCUGGCGCAGCACACGGGCAGGGACAGAGGCAGCAGCACGAUUAGGAGCAGGAGCAGGAGCAGAAGGAGAAGCAGAUGCAGAUGUAGUCAGCAGAAAGCGCACAGCCACAGCCACCGCCAGAUGAUCGAAUGGUGGUGAUCCUCCUACUGUCGCCAUGCACUUGCAGCCGCAGCAGCAGCAGCAGUCACGCCCACGUCCAAGCACAGGCACAGGCACCGCCCAAGCACGAUCCUCCUUUCCCCCCGGAUUCACCCGACCGCAGCAGCAAUGAUUCCUCGUCGGCCUCCACGGGGGACACGGCCAUCCCGGCCAGCUACCUCCAGCGCCAGCGCGAGCACCAGAACCGGGAACAGCACCAGCAGCCGGCCCGUCUCCUCCGACCUAGUCAUAGUCAUAGCCAUCAGCCAGCAGCACUGCCCGCCCUUGCCCAGGGAAGAUGGGUGCCGGUUCGUCUGCAGACGGAACGGCAGCCGCAGCUGCAGCCCACAAAUGCCGUGCCCAAGCCACCACGUUCCCAUGGAUACGGAUACGGAUGCGGACGCCAGGGAGACUUUUUGGCCUCGCAUCCGUCGCCUAUCGCGCUUGUCCUUCGUGUCCAGGCCCAGGCCUUGCCAGGGCCACCGCUAUCAUUACUGCCCGCCGCCAGAUACACUAACAGCACCACCACCACCACCAAUCCAACCACCAAUCCAACUCCAACCACAGCUACAACCACCACCACUGACUACGUGCGUCACGUGACCCGCGUUAAUUUCUACGACAUUGAUACUUCGCAGGUCGAAUUCGAACCCAAAGAUGACGAAGAGAGCAACGAGGCAGCGGCAACCAAUUGCGAUACAGAAGCUAUAACCAAAGAAGAGGAGUGGAUAACGAAGCGGAAGACAGAGCUAACCACGACCAGACAGAUCGAGACGAGAGUGAAACGGCAGGUGAAGCUGCAGGAUGGCAAAGUCAUCGAGGACUCUGGCCCCAUUGUGUCAACGAACACCACCGAGGACACUGACAAACAGGAGACGGAAACAACUGAGAAACGCGAUUUGGACCUUCCCGAUGAUCUGGAUGGGAACGCCCAGCUGAUCGAUGUGGCAGCCCUGCAGGCUAGCGCUGUGAACGAGUCGCAGCUGACCCAGCUGCAGGAGGCCUUCGGGCCGGACAGUGGGUCCGGUGGUAAGCUGGUAAAGCGCAUGGUCCCACGUCCCGUGGAUGGGCUGGUGCGGCAGGUGGACGACAAGCGGGUAAUCUCACACGAGGAGAUCAAGGACUACCACGAGACGGAGGAUAUUCGGCACCUGGGUGACUUUACGGAUCAGACCUACGUGAAGGCAGUACGCGAGGGAGCCGAGGAUCUUGAAGCCGUGCUCUGCUCGCCGGAGAGCCAACGUCAGCUGGUGCCACUGGGGCCGCAGGUGGUCGCCAAUCGGAGCAAGUCGCGCAAGACCAUCGACUCGGAGGACACGCAAAAACGGUGUCUGGCCCAGGAGGACGGGACGCUGGUGACCGAGAGCAAGCGGACCACCGAACACGAGCUCAUACUCGACGACGAGCUGCCCGAGAGGGAUGAACGGGGCCUGCGGUUCGGACUGGAGCAGGAGCAGGUGACAACGACGGCGGCAAAUCAACGAUACUUCCGCCAGCGCGACGAGCAGCAUGUGGAUGUGCUAGCCAACGGCAAGUUGCUAUCCACCGAGAUGCGCUACGCGGCCGAGACGACCCAGAUGGACAAGGACGGUCCCGGCGAAUUGGAGCGACCUGGUGACUGGGACAGCCUCUCGGACCGCAUGCGCAAGCUGCGGCGCUCCCAGCAGCAGCAGCAGAAGGAGGUGGCCCUGCUGGCCGAUCGCAAAGAUGCUCUGACCAAGCGGCCUCUCGACUUUGACCGCGAGGAGGAGACCCGCAAGGGCGAGACGAUGAAGUGGCUGGAGUCGCACUUUGGCAGCGAGUCCACUGCCUCCAACGACUCGCGUGACGACGAGGCCGAAGCCGAAGUGGAGCCCACCAAGAAGAGCUACUUCAACGUGACCAUCAAGUCGCAGAGCCAGCCGGCGGCUCAUGUGCAUGCUCAUGGCCAUUCCCAGUCGCAGCUGACCACCCAGCAUCCACAUCAUCCUCCCCAGCAUCACGCCCAUCACCCGCAGACCCUGCCCCGCAGUGCAGAAAGGGAGAGGGAGCGGGAGCGGGAACGAGAUCGGGAACGUUUGCCUCCCGCCAUGGCGGUCCCAGCCACCACACUGGAGCGCAAGCCAGCGCACCAGAGUGGGGCAGGACGCUCCAAGUACUUUCAGGGCAUAUCCAAUUGGUCGGAGCGCAAGGAGGCGGGACCACUGGUAAAUCACUUCUCGUCGCAGGCCUUCCGCGAGGACCUCCAGGAGACAAUACGGCGCAACGGGCUCAAGAAGAAGAUAAGCGGCCCCACUUCCAGCCAGGGAUCGGGACUGGGAACGACUGCCCAUGCACCGGACAGCCUGGCCAAGGACAGCUAUGUGAGCCGGGAGGAUAUCCUGCAGCAGAAGCGCCAGAGCCUCUCAUCGCAAUUCCUGGCCCGCUCCAUGCGCGGCUCUCACGAUGCCCUCGACGACUUGGAGGCCAUACCCGGCCCGGGACCAGCGCCAGUGCCGCCACGACCCGAGGAGCCGUCGCACAAGCGAGUGGCGUAUGGACAUCGCCACAACAACAGCAAUCCGGUCAAUGGAAUUGCCCCCACUGCGGUAAACGGUCGCGGGAAGAGCUACGAGCCCGCUGCUCCAACGCCGCCCCUAACGUCUCUGGCUUCCAUGGAGUUCUCCGGCAGCAGCAGCAACCUAGGCCUGGCUCGGCCCACAGUACCGCAGCGUCGACGUGCCAUCGAGAAGAAGCUGGGCGAGCACAUACAUGCCCACGUCCAUGUGCCCGUCAAGGCGACCGCACCCCAGCCAUCGCUGGAGCCACCGCCAGACUAUUCGCCGCCACCUCGCAGCCGCAGCCGCUCCUCGUCACCGCAGGUUGACUACCUGAUGACGCGGCCGCCCCGGGAGGUACCCACCAGCACGAUGACCCUCAGCCGGAAGCAGCAGCAGCGCACACGCUUCGCCCCAACGUCCAACUACCCGCCAGCAUUGGGAGGGGGCGCGGGCGUGAGCACGGGUACCCUCCGUCCGGGGGCCACAUCUGCCUCCACCUCAAAUUUGUCUGCGGUCAGUGGCAGCGCCGGAGGCGGAGGAGGCCUUAGCAAGCCCAGCCGGAUGGGGCAAGUCAUAGGGAACUCGCUGCGCAAGCUGGUCAGCAAGAUCCGUUCGGCCAGCGCCGAGCGGAAGUUCCGCAUGAAAUCCGCCUCCAGCAAAUCCCGCGAGCAGUCGCCCAGCCAAGGUCACGGCGGAGGCGGGGGCGCCCCUGGUGGACCGGGUGCUGGGGUAACCACCUAUCAGCAGUACAAUGUAAUCGAUGGCCACAUCGGGGGCGGGCACCGUCACAGCAGCAACGAUUCAGAGGACUCGGCAAGCGACAUUCAGCACCGAAGGGAGCGCGAUAGAGACAGAGAACGUGAACGUGAACGGGAGAGGGAGAGGGAAAGAGAUCGCGAACGGGAGCGAGAGCCUCUGAAGCCCGAGACGCAAUCCACGCUAGCCAUAUCAACGCAGUCGGGACGACAGACCUUCAAGCGAGCCGAGUCCGCAGAUCCCCAGCUGCAGCACCUGGAGCAAACGAUCAGUCCGCGUCAACGGUACUACCUGGGCGAGGAUCCCUACUCCAGCACCCUCUACGGGAAGGAGAACAUCUAUGAACGACGCCCGCGCCAGCGCUACGACCAGCGCGUGGAGGAACGAGCAGAUCGAGAGCGGGACCGAGACCGGGAGGACGACUACUACGAGUCGCGGGCUCCGCCGCCUGUCACCUCGUCACAUACCCUGGGACGCUACCAGAAGCACGGACAGCGCUUUAGCGGUUCCACGCCCAAUCUCCACCAGCAGCAGCAGGACUACCGAUCGGCUCAGACGUUGCCCCGCAAAAUGCACGAACAGCGCUACAGCCUAGAGAAGCCCCUACCGCCCCACGGUCGUUCUACUUCUACCUAUGUCACGGCCCCCCCGGCACCGACUUCACUGCAGCAACAGCACCAGCAUCAUCAGCAGCCGCAUCCCCAGCAACGUGGAGUGAACCAGGUCCAGGCAAUGCCGCAGGGUCCGGCAAAGCCUGCGCGCACCUAUGCCAAGGUCUUGAACCGCAGCAAGAGCUUCAAUGUGCACGGCAUGAACGGUAGCAAUGAUCCUAGUCCCAUCUACAUAGAAAAGCUGACCAGGAACAACUACAGCGGCGGAGGAGCCGGAGGUGGCAACAGUAACUACAGCAAUGGCUAUCAACUGAGGCAGGGGCAGGAACAGGGGCUGGGCCAGAGCCAGAACUACAAGUCCAAUCCGCAUUUGUUCUCCGGGAAAGACAACUCGUUGAAGAGCGGCCUCAAGAGUCCUUCCAUUGUCAAUCUGAUCAGUCGCAGUCAGAAGGAUCUGACCAAGAUAGCCACUGGCAACGAGGACGACCCGGACCUGCCAUAUCAGGAGGAUAAGAAGCAGAUGUACUUGCGUGGCCUGCACCAGCAGGCGCCAGAUCUCUAUCGGGUAAUCCACGGCGAUGAGGACUACGGUCCGCGCAGCCCCUCCACCAAUGGCCACAAGUAUCCGCUGCAGCCCAAGUACUCGCUGGAUUCGCGGUCCCCGCCGUCCGUCGAGCUCAACAAGGACACGGCGAGCAUCGUGCGUCGCAGCAGCGAGGUGGACUCCAAGCACCAGCACCAGCAACAUGUCCACACACAUCACCAGCAUCUGCAGCAUCCACAGCAGCAACAGCCGCAUCUGCGACGGGGCUCCGGGGCGACCAUCAUAGAGCUACGUAAUACUGCCGGCCAUCGAAAGUGAUUUGCCAUCGCUCUCUCUCUCUCUGUCUCUCCCCCUCGAUAACCACUUCUCGUAUGCCGUAUGGUCGAACACAGCCACACACAGUAUGCCAAUGUAUGUCUCUGUCUCUGUCUCUGUCUAACUAUUUGCUGUCUCGCCCGCUAACAAAUGCCCGGCCUUGGCUUUAGUUUCAUUUGACAAGCAGCAAAUCAAAAUAAAAGGCCAAACUUAAUGGAUGAUCAGAAAUCGAACGAAAUCGCGACCAUUCCUGCUGUCCUGCCACGCCUCUUCUAAUCGUAAUCUACAAUAUGUUGAUUAUAAUAAUACCUAAAUUUAAAUGCAAUAUCUAUAUUUCGAUUAAAUUUUUUGUUUUUUUUUUAUACUAAUCUUAACGUUUGUUGUAUAGAUACCGUUGUAUGGAUAAACUAACUAAAAUAACUAAUAUUAAUUCGAUAUUAUUGUACAUGUUUGAUUAAUAAACAAAUUCAAAUUAAAAUAAAAAAUACAAAUAAAGUGCCAAAACAAACAAAGUCCUGGUCCCGAAAGUGGCUUUCGAUUCUUCUGGUUGGACAUGGCAACGUGAUUGAAGAGUUA